GCCGUCUCUGCGUUUUUUCCCUCUUUAAAGAAGAAGAUCCGACUCAUAUACACCUUCACGCUCGCUUUUUCUUUUUGCCGGAACACUGACGAUUUCCAAAACGGUUCAAGAUCAUGGCUUCGUCCGCCCCCCUCGCCGAUCCAAAAUCCGUCACCGUCCGAGAAGUCUGGGCGCAUAAUCUCCAAUCGGAGUUCAAAAUCAUAGAGAAGGUUGUCGAUUCGUACAAUUACGUGUCGAUGGACACCGAGUUUCCCGGCGUCGUGUUUAAGCAGGAGGGGUUUCCUUGCCCCGGGGGACGCCGGUGGCGCUCCGCCGCGGAGCAGUACAUGCUGCUGAAGAUGAACGUUGACGCUCUGAAUAUCAUCCAGAUCGGAUUGACCCUAUCCGACGCCGACGGGAAUCUCCCUGACGUCUGCGGCAACGGAGGCCGGUGCAUCUGGCAGUUCAACUUCUCCGACUUUGAUUGGGAGCGUGAUCUCCACUCUUCGGAUUCCAUCGAGCUUCUCCGCCGCCAGGGCAUAGACUUUGAGAAGAACCGGAAGGAGGGGAUCGACUCGGCCCGGUUCGGCCAGCUGAUGAUGUCAUCCGGCCUGCUCUUCAACCAGCGCGUGAGCUGGGUCACGUUCCACAGCGCGUACGAUUUCGGCUACGUGGCGAAGAUCCUGACGCAACGACCGCUGCCGAAUCGGCUGGAGGACUUUUUGGUAAUUCUACAGACCUACUUCGGGACCCGGGUUUACGACGUCAAGCACCUGAUGAGAUUCUGUGAGAGCCUCUACGGAGGGCUGGACCGGCUGGCCGGAGCGCUGGAGGUGAGCCGGGCGGUUGGGAAGUGCCACCAGGCCGGUUCCGAUAGCUUGCUGACCUGGCACGUCUUCCAGAGAAUGAGGGAUCUCCGCCUUGUUAACGGCGGCCUGGAAAAGUACGCCGGCGUUCUGUACGGGUUAGAGGUCUACGGUGGGAUGGUCUAUUGACAACAAAAAAAAAAAGGGUUACUAAAGUAAAUAAGGUCUCUAGUUAUCUUACUUAUCUCUUUCUGGGUGUACUUUAGUUUUACAUUAGUGUUAAUCACAGACUCUAUUCAAUUUCAAAUUCAUCCAUUGCUCCAUUAUUAGCAUUAAUUUUCUCGGAGAAAAUAGUUUUAGUUUCAAAUUUGAGUAAAUUACAUAAGUAUGA